AUGGGCGAUAUCGCGCUCUACUUCAUGCUGGCCUGUGCUUGGCUGCUCGUCGCCGUAGCCUCUGCCGACCACGAUGCUAGUCUCAAGCCCGCCGAUCACCUCUCUCGGCAAAGCCCCGCUGCUUUCAAGCCUCCUGCGCGUUGCGGUACCACUCACGUCUACUGCUUGAGCGCUGAAGCUGCUCACGGUGCCUCUCCGACCUUCAACCAGAAGUUUCGUGGGACCCUCCGCCUCUACUGCCACCCGAGCGAGAAUAAUGACAUCGAAAUUUGGUUCGGCUGGACGAAGGGAUGGAGCAACAUCAGUACGAGAAGCUACAACAUCCAGGGCACUACCUCGGACGUUGGCGUACUGAACCCUGGCCCCGAGGGAGGCGUAGUCGGCUCCAGCAUGCCCAUCAGCUUCAUCCAAUCACAAUACUUCUGCCACCUCGCUCGGCCCCAAGAGGGAGGAUACUGGGUGCACAAUGAGGGCGGGAUAACCUGGGUCGAGGACUCUGAGAAAGAGCCCUGGCGCACCUACGCCUUCAAUCGCAAGUUCCGCGGAAAGCUGACCCUGGAAUGCCAUCCAGACGAGGGCAAUGACAUCGACGUCUGGCUCGGCUGGACUAAUGGAUGGAGCAACAUGAGCACGACGAGUUCCAACAUUCAGGGCAGUACUUCAGACUCUGGCCUACUUGUUCCUAGUCCCAACGGAGCGUCGGUCGGUUCGAGCACUCCCUGGGUCGAUUUCCAGGUCUGGUGCAUUUGA